GAGGGGGUGGGGGGAUGGAUGACUCACAGUGUUAUGAUGCAGUUCCACAACACACAGCUACAUUCACCCACAGACCGAGGUACAGACGAGAGACAACCUCUGGCCCCCCCAGCAGCUGGCCAGCUUGGCAGCCCCAGUCUCCAGCCCCUAACUACCUUCCCCCGCCCCCAUCCCCUUCCCAAUUGAAGGAGCGGAGAGAGAAGAGAGAAGAGUGAGCAGAGAGAUUGAGAGAGAGAGAGAGAAAGAGAGAGAGAUAGACGGAGAUCUCUGGAGCAGACCUCAAGGUGACUUCCAUUUCUAUCUGGUUCACGUCUGGGGGGGCCCUGGCCGGGCAGCCCCCCCACAUUUCUCCUGCCCUGAAACACGGCUCUAGCCAACCUGCUCCGCUGCUUCACCUGCGACCGUCUGUGCGGGGGCUGCACGGCACCAGCCCCUCCGGCCCGCCAGGGCAUUGUCCUCCAGCCUGUCAUGCCCAGCUGCGACCCUGGCCCGGGCCCUGCCUGCCUCCCUGCCAAGACGUUUCGCAGCUACCUGCCCCGUUGCCACCGCACGUAUAGCUGCGUCCACUGCCGCGCACACCUGGCCAAACACGAUGAGCUUAUCUCCAAGGUACGCCAGUCUUUCCAAGGGAGCCACGGCCGAGCCUACCUGUUUAACUCCGUGGUCAACGUGGGUUGCGGACCCGCUGAACAGCGCCUCCUGCUCACGGGGCUCCACUCGGUAGCUGACAUUUUCUGCGAGAGCUGCAAAACCACCCUGGGCUGGAAGUAUGAGCAGGCUUUUGAGACAAGCCAGAAGUACAAGGAGGGGAAGUACAUCAUUGAAAUGUCACACAUGGUGAAAGACAACGGCUGGGACUGAGGGGCUCAGGCAGGCUGUGCCCUUCCUCCGCAUGCCCACCCUCCCCACACCUGUCCCCUGGCCCUGCCAAGCAGUCCAUACCAGCAUGAGUACUGCCCCACCCCUGGGGGGGAAGCCGGCUCCCACCACCCCUCCCCCCCUCCACCUCAUCACCCCCAGGCCCCUUUGGAAGGGUGGUCUGGGGUACCCCAGGGGUGUUCAAGGCUCAGGAGUGGGCAGCAGUCAGGGAGAGAGAGCUGGGGAAAGAGGAUAGUUGUGGGUCCUUCUAGCCCUAAGGUCCUGAAAACGGAGGUGAUGGCAGGGCAUAG